UGUUAGCGUAUCCUUCCAAAUCAUAGCAACGGAGAAAUAAGUGUGGCGAGUAUGUCAGUGAUAAUCAUUUUUUCCCAUUUCCGACCGAACUAACGGGCACGCUGAAAAAUUAAAACAUAUAAUAUGAAUCAUCCAUGAUGAAUGUCUGAAGUGAGCAGAUCGGCUCAGUUUACCGGAGAGCGUAAUUUUAGGAGCAUUCCCUUGUAAGAGGAAGUCAACCACAAGUCUUUAAAUGGUCAUGCUGCCAGCCUUUAUUGAGUAUAUGACCACCUUGUAUGGAGGAUAUGACAACUCUUCAUGGUGGAUAUGACCACCCUGUAUGGAGGAUACUGUAUGAAAAGAUUGUAUUGAGGAUAUGACCAGGCUAUAUUGAACGAUAUGCCCACCCUAUAUUGAUUUGAACCCUGAAUUAAACAUUGUGCCAGCAAGAACCUGUGAAGUUGUUGUACAUGUCUGUGCCAAGUGAUUUCUUAGACAUAUAUGCUAGUGGGAAGAGUUGAGCUUGAAGGACAGUGUGGAUGUGUCUGGAGCUGCUGUACGGAAUGUUACUAUGCCUGCCCACCACUUCCAGCCUCCUAAACGUCACUCUGAUGUCAUCUCCGGCAGGCUUGGUGGCCUCCCACAGCCACCAUCAAAGACAGUCAAAAUCUAUGUCUGCUCUAAUAAAUCAGAUUUUGAGUUGGAGAGACAAACUUUAUGGUCACAGGCCUUGCCUGAACUCCACCUGUGCUGCCUGCACUAUGGUCUGGACCUCCAGUUAGUGGACGUCCACCAGGGCAGUGACCUUGACCAUGUCCUUGAUGGCUAUGUUUUUGAGCAGCACUUGUCAGAAUUGCAAGAAUCAUCUCAAAUCUCUGUUGGACCAUUCUUCCUGUGUUUACUUGGUGACAAGUAUGGAAAACCACCAUUGCCCACAUACCUGGAGGAAACUGAGUUUGUUCACAUCCGCAGUGAGGCUUUUGAGGGAGGCAAAGAUGUGAAGCUGCUGGAUAACUGGUACAAGAAGGAUGAAAAUGCUGUCCCUCCUGUGUACAAACUGGUCCCAAUCUCUCAACGAUUCAAGCAUGUCAAUAGCAGAGACCCUGAAUUGCAGGCUGUGCGUGACUGUGAAGUGUCUGACUGGCGGGAAAUCUAUACCCAGCUGCUAGAGCUGUUACAGCAUGGGGCACGAGAGGCCUUCAGGGAGGGGUUGAUUAACCAGGUACAUCACCUCAAACAGGACAGGUUCUUCCUCUCAGGAAUUGAACAGGAGCUUCAAAAGGCACUGGAGAAAUCAGUCCGAGGAUGUGUCUGUAUUAUGAGAAAGAUGGAAGGUCUAGAGCCAAGUGAUGCAUGUGCAGAAAUCUUUACUGACAUCGAAAAGGAUGGAGAACUAAAUCUAGAGGGUCAGAAAGGCAUUAGGAAUAUGAGGGAGUUUGUGUCUGCGAAGUUCAAUGACAAGAACAAGCACACGUUUACCAUUCCCUGGUCGGCUGAGGGCUUGGUGCCCCAUUUUUUGGAUAGUCAUUAUGAUUACUUGGAUGACUUUAAUGCAGCUGUUAUUACAAAGUUAAAACUGUUGAUAGAGCAGGCUGCUAAGUUUUCCCCGACCCCCUCCAGCUUGAUGUGUUACCCCCCACGAGACCUGAAUGAGGGUUUAAAGGAGCAAGUAUCUUGGGAGGCUCUGCCCCACCUCUACCACUGCGUCAGACUGGGGACUGCCUUUGUCUCCGAUGGCUUUGAGUGCGAGCUAGAGGAUCUGAGGAAGGCGCUUACUGCAGGCGCGUGCGUUGAUCACAAAGCUGUUGUCAUGUAUGGACCAGAGUCUAGUGGCAAGUCUAGCCUACUGGCGCACUGUGCCUGGCGACUUAUUCCCGAGACUCUGGGGAAGGAUGUUAUUGUUGUUGCUCGUUUCCUAGAUUCUGUUAGGCCCAUGGCCAUGCAGUGUCACCUGCAGAGUGUGUCCCAGCAGAUCUUCUCCCUGCUAGGCGUGGAUGUAGACUUCCUGUCACAUGACAAGGACCAGUUGAGCGCGUCCUAUCAGAACCUGUUGCAGUGUUUGUCACAGUUGUCACGUCAGCUAGUUAUUAUCCUGGAUGGUCUGACGGCAGUGCAUGGGGAUGGUGGGCUAGAGGAGGGGUACUCUUGGCUGGCAUGCCGUCUUCCUCCUAGAGUCCAUAUUCUCGUCUCAUUUACAGAGACUUCUGCAAAAUCAUCACCAAAUAGAACAGUGCAAAAUAACAAGCACACCGUCGUUGUUGUUAAAAAAAAAACUAAAGAGCAGUUGCUGUCGUGUUUCCUUGGCAUGCUAGCUAAAGACAAAAGAACAUUGGCACCUGAACAAGAGAAUGUGCUGAAGAACUCCAUGACAAGCCAGUGUAUGAGAAGACUAGCAUUGCUGGCGUAUCAGGCAAAACAGUGUAUGUCCUGGGACAGUAUCUAUGACAAGUGCUUGUGUACAGAAGAAUCUUUCCAAGAGUCUGUGAUGAAACUGUUUGAAGUGAUGGAAAAAAGGCAUGGUGUGAUAUUUGUUUCCCAGAUUGCUAGAUACUUAACUCUAGCAAGAGCUGGCUUGACAGAGAUGGAGUUGCUUGAUCUCCUGUCAAUUAGCAACGACAUUCUUUUGGCGGCAUACCCCCAAGAGUUACCUCCCAUUCUACGCUUUCCUGUUUCACUUUGGAUAGCAAUUAAAACAGACCUAAAUGUGCUCUUGAUGCCUUGUUUCCUGGACAACAAGCAGGUGUAUUGUUGGUGUCAUCAUAGUAUAAACAGUGUGGUGAGACAAAGAUACCUGUACCAUCAGCAGCCUAGGAUGGCCAGAGAGUCGCACAAACAGAUCGCGGAGCUCUUUCUGGAGAGCUGGAUUGACAACAAACCAUUAGUGGACAAAGACCGUAAUGUUCAGCGUAUUCACUGUGGAAACCGGUUGCUCUCACCACAGCCAUUGUUGUACAGCGAGACCAGGUACAACAUGAGGCGCAUCAAUGAGAUGUGGCAUCAUCUCCUCCAUGCAGGUGAACAAGACAGUUUUCGGGAGUAUGCCUACUGCUCGUUUGAGUACCUGUUAGCCACAGCUCACUCCACUUCCAUCAAGACUCUGCUGACUAACCUGGAGAACUCACACAGGCUGCUGCUGGACGCAGAGAUCAACCUGGUCUUGUCCUCGAUUAAACUGUCCAUAGAGGUGUUGACCGAAGACCCACUGCAGCUGGCUAAUGAACUAAUAGGGAGACUCCGCCAGCUGAAAGAGUUUUAUCCCCAAACCAUCGACAGCUUGGUGACAGAAUGCAUGCAGUGGUGUGACUCGUAUUCUCUCCCAUUGAUUGUACCACUCACACCAUGGCUGCCAGACCCCAGGAAUCCCCUGAUUACCUCCCUUGAGGUGUCAGAUGGCAUCACCAAAGUCUUACCCACGCAGAACAGCCAGCAUAUUCUAUGUGCCACAGAGAAAAAUGUGAUCAGCAUGUACCAUGUGCCCUCCAGAAAACUAGUGACGACUUUCUCAGGCCAUGCUGGAGUGGUUCUCUGCCUGACAUUAUCUUCCAAUCACAAGCGUUUGUUUAGUGGUGCUGAUGACGGGACAAUCCGCUUGUGGGACGUGUUCACCGGAGACUGUGUGGAAGUCAUUAGAGAACAUGACAGUGCUGUUAUGUGUAUGACGCUAUCCCAGGAUGGCAAAGUCCUAGUGAGUGGCUCCAGGGAUAAGAGUGUGCUGGUGUACAAUCUUCUGGAGGGUAAGGUCAGCCACAGACUGAGGGAACACACCAGCACGGUCACAGCAGUCACGUUCAACAGUACAGGGACCAUACUUAUCACAGCAUCGUUUGACAAGCGUAUGAUUCUGUGGUAUGUGGAGGACAUGACGGUUCUAAACUGUAUCAGUCAAGACAUCACCAGCCCUAUACUCUGUAUGACUCUCUCUAUAGACAACACAUUUCUCCUCAUAGGUUGUGAAGAUGGCUCAGUACAUGUGUUCUCAUUCACAACUGGUACAGAGGUGCAUCAGCUGAAAGGUCACAAGGGCAAGGUAUCAAGCUUAGCUGUGGGUCAGGACUGCGUCCAUGCUGUCUUGGGCUGUGACAAUGGAGGAGUGUACAUCUAUAACCUCUGUACUACAGAGCUGCUGCGCACCUUCAUGGGCAUUCACAAGUCUUGUGUUAUUUCUGUCAGAAUCUCUCGGGACCAAAACAUGAUCUUCUCAGCUUCACGGACACAGGUUUGUGUGUGGAACAUGUACAAGGAAGCCACGCGAGAAGUUGUGGAUGACAGUCAUCCCAGCCCAGUGACAGCUGUGGCCAUAAACAGUACAGGCAAACUGGCUGUUACAGGUAGCAAAGAUGGAAUAUUAAAGUUGUGGAAUUUGGAUUUGAGUGUUUUCAUGGAAAACCUUUCUGGCCACACCAAUGCUAUUACCUGUCUCACCUUGGCCGAGGAGGAGGCUUACAUCUUGUCUGGUUCUGCUGAUAACACCAUCAAGGUGUGGUCUAUCUCCAUGGGGACCAUCGUCACAGACUACCAGUGUCAUCAGGGCCCCAUCAAGAGUGUGCAUGUUCUGAGCGACAGCUUGAAGGUGAUGUCUGUGGAUGCGAGUGAAAAACUCAAGCUGUGGAUGGUGGAUACAGGCCAGACUCUAUUUUCAUACGCGGACCCAAUCCCCAUCAUGGCACUGUCACAUAGCAGUGAAUACGUCUUCUCUUUGGCAGGCUCUAGCAGCCUUAAGAUCUGGAAACUGGAGGACAGCAAUGUGAUACAGACAAUAUCUCAUAAAGGGAACAUCACUUGUGUGGCAUGUACGGAAGACUCGGAACAUGUGGUGACGGGCUCAGAUGACAUGUCCCUGAAAGUGUGGGAAACCAGAACUGGCAAACUGACACAGGUUUUGGUUGGCCACCAGGGGUCUGUCAAUUGUGUGACGACCACUCACAACAGUUGUAACAUUAUCUCUGGGUCACGUGACCGCAGCAUCAUCAUCUGGAACCUGGGAACAGGAACAGUGGAGCAUCAGCUGGAGGGUCACAAGGGGGUGAUCAGUGUCCUGAGGGUCACAACAGAUGGGAGUAUUCUGGUGUCAGGUUCCUGGGAUGGGACAUUGCGAGUUUGGAGUCUCCUUCAUGGCAGCCAGCUGACUCUGUUUGACAUGCAUGCUGAUGUAGAGGACAUAGCCAUGACUUUUAAUGCCUCAAACAUUGUAGUUCACCUGUCAAACAAUUGUCAUGUUCCACUGAUGUGUCUUCACAAUACGCCAGCUGCUGAGGUGAAGUCUCAGAGCCAGGUCAGCAUACAGAUGGUCAAUAGUCUGGCAGGUGACUAUUUGCCCCUCCCUCUCAAGCCACACCCUCCACUGGUACACUGCCCUUCCACAGUGUUCCCAGAGCGCAAGGAGGUGAAGUUAAAGAGGAGAGAGUCCCGCUUUUCUGUGUCAAGUAUGCCUGAAAUUAUACAGGUGUCGCCGAUAAAAGCACCAGUAAAAACGGCCAUCAUGGCUCAGGAGAGGAAGAGGGAGAAGAAACUGAAAACCAAAAAAAUCGAGAGGAAGCAGUCAAAAAAGGAAGAAAAAAACAAAAGCAAAUCUGAAAUCUGUUGUGUUUUAUGA